GAGGAAAUGGCUCCACGAUCUGAAGAGGAUCUCUGCUGCCCUGUAUGCCGUGAUAUCUUUAAAGAUCCUGUUGUCCUGUCAUGCAGCCACAGCUUCUGUAAAGACUGUCUGCAGAACUGGUGGACAGAGAGACCAGCACAGGAGUGUCCAGUUUGUAAGAGAAGGUCAUCGAGGAACGAUCCACCUCGUAACUUGGUUUUAAAGAACCUGUGUGAGGCCUUCUUACUGGAGAGAGAUCAGAGAGGUUCAGCAGAGUCAGAGACUGUCUGCAGUCUGCACUCAGAGAAACGCAAACUCUUCUGUCUGAACCAUCAGCAGCCAGUGUGUGUUGUUUGUCUGCAUUCAAAAACACAUGCUGAUGACAAAGUCAUACCCAUCGAUGAAGCUGCACAGGAGCACAAAGAGGAGCUGCAGAAAUCCCUGAAGCCUUUACGGGAGAAACUGAAGCUGUUUGAACAAGUUAAAGGAAACUGUGACCAAACAGCAGAACACAUUAAGGUCCAGGCCCGAAACACAGAGAGGCUGAUUAAGGAGCAGUUUAAGAAGCUUCACCAGUUUCUACAAGAGGAAGAGGAGGCCAAGAUCUCUGCUCUGAGGGAUGAAGAGAGACAGAAGAGUCAGAUGAUGAAGGAGAAGAUUGAGGCUCUGAGCAGAGAGAUAGCAGUUCUUUCAGACACAGUCAGAGCCACAGAGGAGGAGCUGAGAGCUGAAGACGUCUCAUUCCUGUUGAACUACAAGGCUGCAGUGGAAAGAGUCCAGCAGCGCCCCCUGCUGGAUGAUCCACAGCUGGUCUCAGGAGCUCUGAUAGACGAGGCCAAACAUCUGGGCAACCUGACCUUCAACAUCUGGAAGAAGAUGAAGGACAUGGUCUCCUACACUCCUGUGAUUCUGGAUCCAAACACUGCUCAUCCAGAACUCAUCCUGUCUGAAGAUCUGACCAGUGUGAGAUGUGGAGAGAAACAGCAGCUUCCUGAAAACCCAGAGAGGUUUGAUUAUUACUACUCUGUCCUGGGCUCUGAGGGCUUUAACUCAGGGACUCACAGCUGGGAAGCUGAGGUUGGAGACAGUCCGAUCUGGGUUGUGGGUGUAGCAGCAGAAUCUGUGCAAAGACAGACAGACACAGCUUUACAAUCUGGAUUAUGGAGAAUGCUGUUUUGUAACAAUGAAUACACAGUGUGCUCACUACCAGGUGCUAACACUGUUCUUUCAGUGAAGAAGCUCCAGAAGAUCAGAGUUAAACUGAACUGGGAAAGAGGACAACUGUCUUUCUCUGAUGCUGAUACUGACACACACAUACACACCUUCACACACACUUUCACUGAGAAGCUCUUUCCAUACUUUAACACAAACCAAGAAUUGCCACUGAAGAUAUUACCAGUGAACGACUCUGCAGAAAGCAAAGUGGACAGUAGUUGGUGGCCUCUCAGUUAUUUUGGACUUAAAUAA